AUGUCUGACGUGGAAACACCACAAGCACGACGAGGUCUCACAACGACGGACGGAUGCGAAGCCACCACCCUCGCCACGUCGGCGGCGGCGACAACGGCUGCUGCUACACCCAAGAAGCAGCGCCUCGAGAAGCACCCACACUCGCCCUCGCCCUCGCCCAGGAGAGAGCGAUCCUACAGCUUCUCCCCCGGUCGCAAGGACUCCAUCCGUGUCGCGGGGCAAACAGGCUCGGGUCCACCGGUCCCUGGCCGGCUAGCAGGGCCCUUCCCAGCCGACCGAAAUGACGGAGAAGAAAAAGGGGAUCCGGAUGCCGCAUGGGAGCGGGCGCCAACCCUACAUAAUAAUGCACGCCACCACGGCCAGCACCAGGCCGCCAGUCCAGCGCCGCCCUCCCGCCGGAAGACUAACAACAGCAAGAGGAGGAGGACCACAACGGCCACGACGACGACGAGGAGAGCAGAGACGACGGACCGCGAGGCGGACAUCAAGGCCAUGACUCACUUCGCCCCGGUACGGCCGGCGGCCGACACUUGGACGUCGGGGCGGCCCAUCAGGAAGCAGAGCAAGAGGCUCAAGACGGGCCUCGGCUUCCACGGUAACAGCUUCGACAACCCCCAGUCCGACGUAUCGCUACCGAUGUCCAUUCACUCGAGCAUGUCGUCCGAUACCGAAUUGCACUCCUUCCGCGUGUCCGCACUCGAGAUACUGGCACCCCGGCCGACGCUGCGGUAUGCCGUCUACCCACGAUGGGAGCCCGGCAGUGGCUCGGCGCCGACGCGCACACAGCAACAGAAGAGGAAGGUCUCGGAGAGGGUGCCCGAGUCGGUCGUCAGGGCACACAAGAGGGUCGACAGCUUUGCCGACGACCUGGACGCCGCCGACCUGAGAGAGCUGAUGGAACGGGACAACAGAAGGAGGGAGAGGAAACGACAGAGAGACCAGGAACGGGUGGAACGACGGCUGGCGCGGAGGGCCGAGAGGCAUCGCGAGAUGGAGGCCGAGGCCAGGAACAGCGGCUCGCCGCCGCCCGUCAACAUGGAGCGCGGCGUCAUGGGCCGGGAAGCCGGACUCGGCAUCGACGCGCCGUCGGCCGUCGUGACGUCCUCGCGGAGACGCUCGUGGAGUUCGUCGAGGCACUCGCAGAAGAUAUCGACAACCAGGGAAGCCGAAUCGCACCCGGAACCGCACCCGGAACCGAUGGAGGUCGAGCCGGAACCCGUGGCGUUCCUCCACCACUUCCACCGAACGACGAGCAUCCCCCCCGAGGCGCCUCCGUCGCCGACGCUGCCCGCGCAGCCCGUCCCCGAACGCAAGCCCAGCACCAAGGCCGCCACCCCCAAGGGCAGCAUGCGACUGAGACGGAGUUUCCUGCGUAGGAUGUCGAGGUCGAGGUCGCCCAACGCAACCGAAUCUGACCAGAAUGCCGUGUCGCAGUACUCGUCGAGACAGGACGAGAGCGACGUCACCCCGCGGAAGAACUCCGAGUCCAGCAGCCGCGCCCGCAUUUCCUUCUCGGCCCUCUUCCGGCUCGGGAAGAGGAACAGGAGAAACUCGGGGCCGUCUUCGUUCUCCAACACGUCGCGCGAGGAGAUGCAGGCGGCGGCAGCGGCAGCGGCAGCGGCAGCGGCAGCAGCAGCGGCGACGGCAACUCAGACACAACACACGCAGAUACAGCAGCAGCAUCAACAACAUCAACAACAGCAAUAUCAACAACAGCAACAGCAAGAAGAGGACGCACAGGCGGCCCCGACACAAACGAUACCAAUGCCGAUGAACUACAUCCCUCGCAAGGUCAGCAACGGCGUUCCCAAGCGGACCAGGUCCCGGUUCAGGGAGGACCUGCCCGAGCUUCCCAUGAGCCCGCCCGACUCGCGCGUCGGGUCGCCCGAAGUAGAAGUGCCUCUGCCCGUCGUUUCCGAGUCGAGGUCGGGUGGCGUUGGCGGGGAUGACGGACUCCAGAACACGCCCGUCGUGAGGCACGACACCCCGACGUCGGACCUGCGGCGCGUCGACGAGAAGAUGGAGAGGCUCGAGAAGAUGAGGCAGACCCCGACGUCGCUGCGGCACAGCAUCCAGCCCUCGCCCGAGCCCGUCUCCCUGGCGUCCAUCGACUCGGAGGGCUCGUGGCUUUCGGGUCGUGUCGGCGGUGCCCGCCGUUCCUCGGGCCUGCGCGGCAGCAUGCAGCGGCUGCCGCCCCGGAUCACGACGCGCACGCCCUCGCCGAACGGCACGGAGGAGGACCUCGCCGACGACGAGUACCUCUCGAACCUCGCGACGCCGUCCCGCGAGAUGCUCGCCGACGAGCGGCUGACACGCAAGUCGACGGGCGACGCGUUCCCGAGCAGCGACGAGGACGAGGUUAUGGCGGAGGCCGCCGACAUGAAAUGGGGUUCGGUCGAGAGGCAGCACGCGACCGUCGUGCAGCACCCGAGAAUCACGAGCCGCGUGGGCAUGCUCAACUCGUUCCACGAGGCCGGCAGCAACAGCAGCACGUCGUCGGAGUCGCCCGAAGAGGCGUCGGAGAGCGAGGUCGACGGCGAGUCGCCCAAGGUCCAACGCGCCACGAGCGUGAGCCUCAGCAGGGGCAACGCCAGACAUGUGAGCUCGGGCAGCACCAAGGCUCUCGAUGUUUCGUCCCCCGCGCAAGCAUGA